UUGCAAUAUUUCGACAUCCGCGCCAUCUACCGGAUUAAUUCAUUUUUCAUAAUUGCCAUGGGGUUCUGAGCUAAGUUUCUAGUCUCUAGCUCAUCAGUUAGUUGGUUAAAAUUGUUGCCUAAACUUCCAAGCGAGCAAUAUUCUUGACCCAGUAACCCUAGCCCAAGGUGGCGCAUGCGCCCAUUCAGAGUGUGUUUUAUUAAAAUUGACCCUUUGAUUCUAUUGUUUAGCCACAAUAACGCACAAACUACGUUUUUUAUUUUUAUUGCAAAUGCCUUUAAUGAGUAAUAAGAGCGCAGUGACGAUUGUUUCAAAUUACGACUUCCAAGGGCCUCAAACUACAAAGCGUUGGCGGGGCAUUUUCAACAACCAUGUUUCGUGUUCCGUCAUACCCAGCCAAAGAGUAGCUGCUUUUGCCAUUAGUUAUUUAUGCUGUGCUUGAUUUUGUUGUUGUUGCUUGAAUGCUGUGCCACCGAGUUACGCAAAAGCGCGGCGUUGCAAGCUGCUUGCCGCCAAUUCGAAUAUUUUCGUAUAAAUAAUCGUAACAUUUAAAGUCAAAGCAUCAAAACAUUAGCAGCAACAGUUAGUUCAACAUCAGCGUUAGUGCAGUAAACCUAAUUUCAAGCAAAAUGAAAUAUCUGCAAGUUUUCCUCAUUGUCAUCAUCUGCGUGGCCGCAUGCUUGGCAGCCAUUUCGGAACCGGAAGACGUUGCUGCCUUGGAGGAGAAGAAGACUGAGAAACGUGGCGUGUUCGGCUUCGGCUAUGGGCAUGGGUAUGGACACGGCUACGGUCAUGGCUAUUAUGGCGGCUAUGGCUAUGGUGGUGGCUACGGUGGUGGUUAUGGGGGAGGUUAUGGUCAUUUCGGUGGUGGCUAUCCACCCUACGGCGGAGGCUACUCCUCAUUCCAUGGCGGUCCAUCCUACGGUGGACAUGGCUACUACCCUCAUGGCGGUUACUAUGGCGGCUACCAUUAACUGGAAGUAAUGAAUACACUACUUUGUAUGUACAAUAACUAAGUACAUUUCUAAAAUACACUAAUGCCAUGAAGUGUUCGAAUGGAACUGUUCUUUUUGUUUUUGUCGAAUGAGACGUUUUCAGCAGC